ACUUUUCUUUCCUUCACGGAUUCACCAUUUCACCCCUCCUUCCUUCGCCCCAGUCCCCCUCGCUCGUCUUCCUCCUCGCGCACGACUGGAUUCACAGUAGCGCAAGCGCCGCCGCCGCCUCCGGUUGAUCUCCCCUUCGAUUCUAUCGCUCCCGACCGUUUCUCCUCCCAUCACCCCACGAAUUGAUUCUGCCCUGCAUCUCCCCGUUUUAUCUCCUUAAUCUCCCCUAAUUCGUAACUGAGGCAAAAAUCCGCCCUACUUUGCCCUACUGGGUACUCCGCCCGUGAUUGCAGGGGAUCAGCGAUGACGUCGAUUGGACAUCUCGGCGACCCGUACGGGCUGCGGUGUGUCUCCGACCUGCCCCCGCCAUUCCGCCCCGUGUUUGGGUUCAGAUACUUUAAUUCCUUGCAGAGCGAGUGCUUCCCUGCGAGUUUCCUCUCGGAUGUAAACAUGGUCGUCUCUGCGCCUACUGGGAGUGGUAAGACAGCGCUGUUUGAGCUCUGCAUUCUGAGGCUCCUCUCGAGGUUCCUCACAUCAGAAUGGAGGUUCAAUUUGAUAAAAGGAACUCUGAAAACAAUCUAUAUUGCUCCUAUGAAGGCGUUGGUGCAGGAGAAGAUGCGGGACUGGCAAACGAAGCUGGGCCCGUUGGGCAUCAAUUGCUUGGAGAUGACUGGUGAUAGUGAAUUCUAUAACAAGAAGGCCAUACAUGACGCUGAUUUAAUAGUCACUACUCCUGAGAAGUUUGAUUCUAUGAGUCGUUAUGGAAUAAGGGAUGGCGGAUUAGGAUUCUUCAGUGAUAUUGCUCUUGUCCUUAUUGAUGAAGUUCAUCUUCUCAAUGAUCCACGUGGAGCUUCCCUGGAAGCAGUGGUCAGUAGAAUAAAAAUGCUUUCUCGGCUUGGCAACAUGAAAAAUUCUCCUCUCGCAAAUGUUCGAUUCAUAGCAGUUUCUGCCACUAUUUCUAACGCUGAGGACAUAGCGGAGUGGCUUCUAGCACCCCCUGAAGGAAUCAAAAAAUUUGGUGAAGAGAUGAGACCAGUGAAGUUGACAACAAGAGUUUUUGGUUAUGCUCCAGCGAAAAAUGACUUCCUGUUUGAGAGGAGGCUGCAAAGUUUCAUUUUCGAUAUACUGAUGCAACACUCAAGAGGGAAGUCUGCACUUGUUUUCUGUUCUACAAGAAAAGGUGCACAAGAAGCAGCACAAUGCCUUUCACAAACUGCGGGGUCUCUUGGCUAUUCAAAUCCAUUUAUGAAAUCAAUGCAGCAGUAUGAACAUCUGAAGGAGGCUUCCCUAACCUGUAGUGACAAGCAGCUGCAGUCUUGCAUUGUACAUGGAGUUGGUUUUCAUAAUGGUGGUCUUUGCUUAAAGGACCGGAGUCUUGUUGAGGGGCUUUUCCUGAAGGGUGAUCUUCAAAUUCUAUGCACGACAAAUACUUUGGCACAGGGCAUCAACUUACCUGCUCAUACAGUCGUGAUAAAAUCAACACAAUUUUUCAACAAAGAGAAGGGAUCAUAUGUAGAAUAUGAGAGAUCCAUGGUGCUUCAGAUGUGUGGGAGGGCUGGCCGUCCACCAUUUGAUGAUACAGGAACAGUUGUAAUUAUGACAAGAAGAGAGACGGUCCAUCUAUAUGAGAACCUUCUCAAUGGAUGUGAAAUGGUAGAGUCGCAGUUGCUGCCAUGUGCUGUGGAACAUUUGAAUGCGGAGAUUGUUCAGCUGACAGUGUCUGACAUAACUCUGGCAAUUGAAUGGCUCAAGUGCUCGUAUUUGUACACCAGGAUAAAAAAGAAUCCUGAGCACUAUGGAAUUAAGAGAGGGAUUCCUCGCGACCUCCUUGAAAAACAAAUGAGAGAUAUAUGUGUUGAGAAGAUCCAUGAGUUGGGUGAGUAUGGCCUAAUUUGGACAGAUGAAGAUGGUUUCUGUCUAAAACCAUUAGAACCUGGGAGGCUGAUGACAAAAUUCUAUCUGAAGUUUGAUACGAUGAAGCUUAUCGUCAAAGCCUCUGCUUGUUGCAGUUUGGAAGAUUUAUUGCGUAUAAUCUGCCACUCUGCAGAGAUUACUUGGAUCCAACUACGUCGAAAUGAGAAGAAGACUCUAAAUGACAUAAACACUGAUAAAGAGGGAAGGCUCCGAUUCCAUGUUGUCAGUGUGAAUGGAAAAAAGAAGAAGCGUAUCCAGACAAGAGAAGAUAAAAAUUUUGUAUUAGCAAAUGACUGUUUGACAGGGGACCCCCAAACCCAUGAUUUAUCCCUCAACCAGGAAACAAAUUCGAUAUGCUCAAAUGGAUGUAGGAUUGCCAAAUGCAUGAAAGAAUAUUUUAUAUACAAAAAGAGUUACAGAUCUGCCAUAAAUUCUAUGCUCCUCGCGAAAUGCCUAGACCAAAAACUUUGGGAAAUCAGUCCAUUUUUACUGAAACAACUUCCUGGAGUUGGAAUUAUCACAGCAAAGGCACUGAAGACUGCUGGAGUUGAUUCCUUCGAGAGCCUGGCAACUGCUGAUGCUAGAAAGCUAGAAAUUGCAACAGGUCGCAAUUAUCCAUUUGGAAAUCAUAUAAAAGAAUCCUUGUCAUCAUUACCGCCAAAAAUUGACAUACAAAUUGAGGAUGCUGGAAACAGACAGGGGAAAUCAACCAUUAUUGUAACGCUAAGCCGUCAAUCACAGACAGGUCGAUCCACUAAGCAGAACUAUGCUGACAUGGUUGUGGGCUCAGAAGAAGACAAUACGAUCCUUUUUCAUGAGAAAAUAAGGGCUCAAGAGUUUUCCAGCCCAUACUCUGUUAAACUUUUUGUACCAUGCCCCCAGAGUGCCAGAGUGACUCUGAAGGUUGAUCUCAUUUUUGAAGAACACGUCGGUAUUGAUAUCCACAAGAAGCAUGUGGUCAGCAGGGAAGAUGAUUUGCAUGUGACCAAAGUAUGUGAGGUAGAAAAGCCAAAACACUUGUCCAGUCUUCCUGCACAGAUUUGUUUGGUUGGCUCCAGGCCGACUGGAGCAAAUCCAUCUCAAUCUUAUAUUGGACGGAGCCCGCUUUCCAAAGAGGUAUGUGUUAUAGAAGAUGAUGAUGGUCCCAGCGCUCCAGAGAAAGCUGACAAUAUGCAGGGAAUGAGAAAAUUUAAUAACUUGGCUUCACUAGAGGUCCCCAGCUUCGAUCUACUGCUUGAAGAAGAUGAUGGAGACAUGCAAGAUGUAUCGGUUUCUGGACCAGCAGAGGCGGGAUGCAAAAGUGCCAGCAGCAAAACAAUUUUUGACCACAUACGCAAGAAAUCCAGAGAUUUUCCCACUCUGAUGUUGUCGAAGUCUAUGGAUAGCUCUUAUGAACCUUUGAUACUGAAGAAAAUGAAGACAUCAAUAGAUCAGUUUGACCUAGAUCAGGAAGGUCUGCUUGUGAACGAGGUCACACCAAUGGAUUCUGAACGUACUGAGGCUAGAAUCUCUCCGACCACUACAGCCGAAAAGUGUCGAAGGAUCCUGGGCAUAACUUCAGAGAAGAGCUGCUCUCUGUUCACAGAGAAAACGGGGAGCCCAUUUGAGAAGAGCAAGAUCCUUAGCAGAACUCAACAUGAAAAUUCUCUUCGAUUUGCUGCCAGCAUGGACAGUCCAUCUGAGGAGAUCAACGUCCCAAGGACAACUCCUGAUGAGAAGUCUCGUCAAUUUGCAGGAAAAAGGGACAGCUCAUUCGAGAAGAGCAAGAUCCUUAGCAGAACUCAACAUGAAAAUUCUCUUCGAUUUGCUGCCAGCAUGGACAGUCCAUCUGAGGAGAUCAACGUCCCAAGGACAACUCCUGAUGAGAAGUCUCGUCAAUUUGCAGGAAAAAGGGACAGCUCAUUCGAGAAGAGCAAGAUCCUGAACAGAGUUCCAGAUGAAUCCUCUCUUCAAUUUGCUGCCAAAAGGGACAACCAAUCAGAGAAGAGCAAGAUCCUGUGGACCCCUCAUGAGAACUAUAGUAAUUUUGCAGGCAAAAGGGACAGCCCAUUUGAGAAGAGCAAAAUCCUGAGCAGAACUCCACAUGAGAACUGUCCUCCGUUUGCAGGUAGCAUAGACAGCCCAUCGGAAAAGAACAAAUUCUGUUUUGCCAGCCCCAUCGCUGAUUUUCAGGCUAUGCAAUGUACAAAGCAAGUUGCAUCCGUAGUUGAAUCUCAGAGGAUUCAGGGCUAUAUCAAGGAUAUAUUGGGGGGUUCAAAGGGCAGUGAGACUGGCGCAUCCUUCCUUGGUUUCAAGAGUGUCUUUUCCUUCCUUUGAUCUUGCAAAGAUCUUGUACAAAUCAGCUCAAUACUUUGCUCGAAAUGUGACACUAAUCUACCAGGUGCAUGAGCUAAGCAAUUUCCAAGUGUUUUUUUUUGUGAAGAAGUUUCUAAGGGCUAGUGGGUUCUUUGUAUAGCAUUAUAUGCCCGAAACUGAAACUGCUGACCACCUGUUCUUCAAGUGUGUGGUCUCUAGGGUGGUUUGGAGAGUUGUGGGCUCUCUAUUUAACACCUCUUAUAUCCCUACUUCUUUAUGGCAAUUCUAUACGUGGAUGUAUGCUUUCCUUCCUGGUGGUGAAA